AUGACGGCGCACAGGGGCGGCGGCGGCGGCGAUAUGGACGGCGAAACGCUGCGGGGCGACUCGGACGCCUUUUCGAUGCUGACGACGACGACGGCGCGCCUCGAGAUGCCCAUCCUGGCGCACGAGUCCUACGAAGCCCCGCAGGCCGUCACCGAGCCCUUCCCUCCCUUCCUGCUGCACUGCACCCUCUUCGCCUUCUACGAGGGCUACCCGCCGCACCCGGCCGCCUUUUGCAACAUCGGCCUGCCUGCGCGGUACGCGCGCGGCGAGUCGUCGGCCUCGCACAACCGCGUCGCCCAGAAGGUGUCCAGGUACAACCGCCGCCUCGGCGUCCAGCUGCCGCUCCACUACCUCGACACCGACCCGACCUCGGCCGACGUCAAGGCCCUCUUCUUCCACCCGCACCCAAAGGACGGCGCCGCCUUGAUGGCGCGUCAGCCCAGCCUCAAGCGCGGCAGGAUGUUUACCAUGUUUGCCGCAAUGUCGCCCGAGCUGACCGGCAUGGUGUCGCGGCCGCUCGUCGACCGCGUCCUCUCGGCCCUCUUCUUUGGCUCCGGCAUCAAGGACCAGAUGGCCAUCUUUCCCGGCGAGGCCGUCCUCACCUAUGGUGCCAGGUACAGAAAGGAGGGCAAGGCACGCAGCCAGGACAAGGGCGAGGGCGGCGGCGGCAGUGGGAGUGGGAGCGGCGGAGCACUGGGCUGGCUCAAGGCCUGGAAGCCCUCCUCUGCGGGCGAUGGCUCCAGGGACGCGGAUAUGUCAAAGGGAAAGGCCAAGAGCGUUGAGGCCGAGUCGCCCGCCGGCACGACGCCGGGUCACGUCAAGCUCGGGAUGGUCUACGCCACGCUCGACCUGCUUCCUCCUCCCGGCCGGCUGCUCGAGACAAGGGGCCCCUAUCCCAAGGAGAUGAACAGAGUCAGCUCCGCCGAGCAGGACCGCGCGGUUCAGAUCCAGGUGGAAGCCAGCAGGUUGUCACCCGAGGAGCGGUACCGCCAGUUUGGCUGGGAGCUCGACGAGGCGGGCCGCGCCGACAUGAUGCGGAUGCUCAAGGCGCUCGAGCGCAGAGGCGGUAUCUGGUCCGAGGCCGGUCGGGUGACGAUGCCCAGCAGCCGCAACCCUGACCCGCGCGAGCGACCGAGGUACUUGGUCAAGGGCCUCUUUCCGGAGCACUUUACCCAGCGCUGCGCCUGGUUCCGCCACAGGGACCACCAGCCGCAGACAAACGACCUGUCGCCAGAGUCGAUCGCCAAGUUUGGCUGCCCCGUCGUCGUCCACACGGCCGACGAGCGCCUCGGUGCGGGCGCCGACAUUGCGCAGCGGACCUCGUCGAACCCGGCGACCGCAUCGGAAAAGGAGCUGUCGAUGGACGCAGAGUGGCACGAGGACGACCUGCCCAAGGAGGACACCGCCGCCGCCGCCACCGCCUCCGACGUCGGCAACAUGAACGGCUACGGCACCGAUUCGGCUCGCGCCCAGGCGCUCAUCGACGCCGAGGGCGACUUCUUUGAAGGAUGGUCGAUUGGCGUCACGGCCGAACCGUUCAAGACGGGCGGCUUCUAUGAGAGCAUGGCGUCCUCGACCGGUCUCGCCGUCGCCGUCGGCGCCAACGGCUGA